UUGAAAUUUGGUUUUCUUGCAACUUGUAGGGCUUCAGGCGAAGUGACGGGCGUUUCCGAUCGUUUAAUCGCCACUGACAAAGCUAUUCAAAAGCUCACCGCUGAUCUACAAACCAUUAGUUCACGGUGUGGUAGCCAGAGCCUGGACAUUCAAAACCUCUAUCAGGAAUUAAAAAACUUUGACAAUAAGUUUGAGAACAUCUUACGUACAGAAAUGCGGUCUAUUCAAACGGAAAUUCCAGGAAAUUAUUCCCAGAAAAAUCAGCUUAUUCAAAACUCUAUAAUGAACAAUGCAUUAGAACAACUCCAAGUCACCGUGACACAGCUUCAGAACAAAACUGAGCAAGAUGCUAGCAAUCGCCUAAAAUUUGAAAACACUGUAAACACCAGGUACAUUUCCAUAUCAUUUCAUUACACAAGACAUGGAGGAGAAAAUGUCAAAUUUGCGAACGGAAAUCGAAACAGUGAGUUGAACAGCCAAAAUAAUAUUCUUUUCGUUUUCCUUCAAAAUCGCAUGUUUCGGUUAUUCAUGCAGACUCUGAGCGCCUUCAACACCGCGAUUUCUCCGUGUGAGUCCAAACUGGCGGAGCUUGAGCUUAAAAUCAAAAAAUUUGAACAAGAUAUCCCUAAUGAAAUCACUGAACUUCGUGAAGAUCAGCAGGUCCAUCAGAAGAAACUGCUCAACUCUUUGUCUCAACUGGAUUUGGCUGUGGAGGUUCUGGAGCAGGGUUUGUCAGACGAGAAGGAGCAUUUGAAGGGUGUGGUUGCAGCUGAAAUAAAGGCUAGAACCUCAAAUAUUUAUUCAAUGCAAUCGAGGCUCCAGGAGCUUGAUGUGAAGGUCUGCGAUGCAGUCUCAAGGCUCAACUCUGGAAUGGACGACCUCAACGCAAAGACGAACCGGCUUGACGAAGACGUAAGCUCUUGCAGUAACAAUUUACUUGUUCAGUAG